AUGUUAAUCGUUCUACUUGAGACUGCAAUACUUGUGAUUGGCAGAAGAAUCAAUUUCAUUUUAUUAAUGUAAAUGUAUUGAUUUAAUACAGUUUAAAUUUAAAAGAAGACAAGUAUUAUAGUCAGGGAUGA